AAUCUUUUAUACGUCUUAUCAUAAUAUUGACUUUUUGCCCUAAGUAGGAGCAUUAGAUCACCGGACGUAAUAUCCUUGAACAGUUUUGUUUAUUUUGGUAGCAUUUGACUGCGGUUAAAAUCCAUCAUGGCGUCGUCUUUUUUGUCCGUACCACUGAAGAAGUCGUCAGAAGUAGACCUGGUAAAACCCCCGGAAAAAUUCAUCAAGAACACUUACUCCGGGCCAGGAGGGACCCAAGAUGACUUUGUACCCAUGCUGAAGGAACUGGACAAGUUGCGAGACUCUGCAACCUGCAAGACGCUGGACAGACAUGACAGUUCCUUGGAGCUCAUCCAGAAGUACUAUGAUCAGCUCUGUGCAAUUGAAGCCAAGCUCCCAAUCACAGAGAACCAGGAAGAUGAACCCCCUACCCCCUACCAGAUCCGAGUCAACUUCACCUGGUACGAUGCCUUCGACCAGGGCAUGCUGUUUCUGGGAAAGAUGAAGAAGACCAUGUCAUCUGGAGACUAUGAGAGGAUGUGUGUCCUGUUCAACAUCGGAGCACUGAUGAGCCAAAUAGCUGCUGCACAGAACCUGGGCGCCGACGACGGCCUGAAAAAUGCUGCCAAAUAUCUGCAGCAAGCGGCUGGUGUGUUCACACACAUCAAGGAGUCCAUGGCAGGGCCCUUCCAACAGGUGGUGACCCCUGACCUCUCCCUGGAGAUGCUGAGCACCCUGUCUGUUGUCAUGUUGGCCCAGGCACAGGAGGCCAUCCUGCUCAAGUCUAUACAAGACAAGAUGAAGGAAGUCAUCAUCGCAAAGUUGUCCAUGCAGGCGUCUGACUUGUACUCUGAUGCCAUGAAACAGGCACAGAACCCACACUUUGGAGACUUACUCCCAAAGGAGUGGAUCCCAACCCUAGCUGGUAAACAGGCCAUGUACCAUGCCCAGGCUGAGUUCUACAUGUCACUUCUGGCCAAGAAGAACAAGAGCAUUGGGGAGGAAAUAGCCAGGCUCAAGCAUGCCCUAGAGCUGGCAAAGACCGGUAGCAGCAGAGCAGGUUCGACCAUGGACAUGAAAGACUUCAUCGGUAAACUCCAGCGUGCGCACGACUCUGCCGACAAGGACAACAACUUCAUCUACCAUGACCGCGUACCGGAACUCAGCAACCUGCCUGCCAUUGGUCGAGCUGUUGUGGCCAAGGCUUUGCCUCUCUCCAAACCCAUGAAUCCCAAGUUUACUGACCUGUUUGAGAAGCUGGUUCCCCUGGCGGUACACCAGGCUCUGACUGGUUACGAGGCCCGUAAGGCGGAUGUGGUGAACAGGGAGGUGGGGCGGCUGAGGGAAGCAACGCAGCUUAUGAACAGUGUGCUGGCAUCCCUGAAUCUGCCAGCUGCGAUUGAGGACCUGUCAGGUGACAACGUCCCCCAGUCUAUCCUGGAGAAGGGCACUGCCAUCAAGGAGAGGGGAGGCAUCGAUAAGAUCAACCAGCUCAUCCAAGACUUACCCGAGCUGCUGCAGAGGAACAAGGAGGUUCUAGAUGAGGCAAAUCGUGUCCUAGACGAGGAGGAAAAAACAGACAGCGAAUUGCGGGCGAACUUCAAAGAGAGGUGGACGCGCACGGCGUCUGCUCAGCUGUACAGUCCGCUGAGGGCGGAAGGUGGGAAGUACCAGUCUAUCCUGGAUAACGCCAUCCAUGCAGAUACCAUUGUACGGGAGAAGUACAACAAGCAUGCUGAGAACAUCACCCUACUGUGUAAGCCUGAGGAUCUGCCAGGGAAGAUUCCCUCAUCCAGCCCAGCAGCAGCCUUACAAGGGAGCAAGUGUGUGACAGACCUGCGCCAGUUGAUGGAGGAAGUAGAGACUAUCAAGGCAGAGAGAGAUGUCAUCGAGUCUGAGAUCAAGGAGGCCAAGACUGACAUCUCGUCCAAGUUCUUGUCAGCGCUGGCACAGGACGGUGUGGUGAACGAGGAGAACCUGUCGGUGGGAGAGCUGGACAGGAUGUUUGGUCCCCUCCAAAAACAGGUCACAGAAAGUGUGUCCAGACAGGAGGGUCUCAUGAACAAGAUUCAGACCGCCAACACAGAGUUCUGCCAGCAGAAACAGGCGAGUGGAUCGGCCAAUCAGAGGGAAGAGAAGCUGAAAGACCUGGCCGCCGCACAUGACGCCUUCAUGGAGCUGCUGGGUAAUCUGGAAGAAGGGACCAAGUUCUACAAUGAGCUUCUGCUGCUUUUAGUCAAGUUCCAGACAAAGUGUAACGACAUUGUCUUUGCUCGAAAGACGGAGAAAGAUGAGCACCUGAAGGAUAUACAGGACAGCAUUCUUCAGCAGCCAACCUCCAGUAUCCCUAAUACACCGGAGUAUCAAAAAACUGGACCUGGUGGAGCCAAGCCACCGCCACCUGCUCGCCCCCCUCCCCCUCAAGUGCAGCCACAACAACAACAACAACAACAGCAGCCACCUGCACAGCAAGCAGCUGCAGGCUCCCAGCCCCCACAGCUGAACAUGCCCCAGGCAGGACAGCCCCAGUACGGCUACAACAACCCCCAGUACUACAGCCCUCCCCCCAUGCCUACCAGCUACAACCCCUAUGCAACCAUGCAGUACCAGCCUCCUCCACAGCAGGGCGCUGCUGCACCGUAUGGACAGCAGCCUGGAGCCCCACCGUAUCCCCAGCAACAGCAGGCUGCCCCGCCCUACCCACAGCAACAGUACGCCCCCCAGUACCCCCAACCUGCCUAUAAUCCAUACGCACCCCCCUCCCAGUACAACCCAUAUCAACAACAGCAGCAACGUUGAAUGGGUACUACAAAUGUAUAUUUCUGAACACAGAAAUUUCUUUCUGUCUAUAAUACAUAUAUCCUAUCCAAGCCUACUAAAACCCUGUUAGAUAUUUUAUAACACAGUGACAAAGGCAAUGGUAAAACCAAUAGUAAAAACACAUGUACAAUACAUUUGUAUUAUCGACAUCUCAAAAAUGUAUAUCCUGCUUAUGGUGUAUGAAUAGUGUCAGAUACAUGAUGAAGAAAGCAUUUUGUUUGAGAUGAUAUUUUUCAGAAGAUGAAAUUUCCUUCUUUCAGUUUGAUGUAUAAAUGAAAGUGCCUCAAAGGCUACUUCUUAAAACAGAGCACUUUUUUUUUUCUUAGAAGAAAAUGUUUUGGUCUUUGCAAUGUCAACUGCUGUUUUGCUUGGAAAAUGGCUGGCUUUGUUGUUAAAAAGCAAACUGAGGACCUAUUGCUGGGUAUGGAUUGACUUUCAUAAAACAACAGUAUUUUCACACACUUUAAUGGUGUUAUAUAUAUAUAAUUAGUGUGUUAUUGAGUCUGUAUUUUUCCCACGCAAGCACAUAUCUGUCUAUCUUAGCAAAAAAAUGAAAUGAAAUUACUGUUGUGAUUAGAUAGACUGUUGAGCUUCAUGCAUUUUGUCAAAAUAUGUCAACAGAAAUGAUAAAUGAAUUGUGUGUGUUUCAGUUAGCAUAAGCUUUUGUUCUUGUGUAGAACUGUGGAAUAAGUCAUUGAAUUAGAUUUUGUAUAUCUCCGGGGAACAGUUCAACAAGUAGGAGAAAAAUAACAGAAUGGAUUAUUACUAACCAAAUUAUUGAUUAUAGCUUGUGCCUUGUGGUAUUUGGUUGAGACAGAAAUCCCAAAUUGUACUUUCUAAGAAGUCACUGGUUAUGAUAAAAGUUUGCCAGCUCUUGUUUGAUAUAUUUAAGGUGGGAGGGUAGAAAGUCUUCAAAUGGUAAUUGUGCUAAGUUUGAGGAUUACAAUAUGUUGAAUGAACUUAGAGCAUGGAGAGGGGGCUGUAGGUAACUGCUCAUGCCAUUCCUUAAAGUCUCAAUCACUUUGUUUUUGUGUGUUGGAAGGGGAUUUAAUAUGCUGAUGAAUAAAGAUAAUAUCAUUGUGUUUUUUUUUUACUAUAAUAAUGAUAAUGUUUCAUUCAAUGUCCUGUUAUGUACAAUUUUAUGUUACAAAAACUGCAAGAAAAGUGCUGAAGUUCUUUGUAUGCAUGCUGUAGGCUGUUGAUUAGCUCCCAUGAUUUUGUAGAGAUGAAGAGUCUGAACAUACUAGUAGCUGUAUACCUUGAAGGGAAGGAGAAACUUGUACAAAAGAGGAGAAUGGAGAAAUGUAGAUUUUGCAUGUUUGCUAUAUUUUGAUAAUAUUUUGACACCAAUGAUAAACUAGAUGCAGAUGUCCAACAUCAUUAAGGAAAGUGAUAUGUAUACAUUCUGGUAUUACUAUACAAUUAGAACAGAAGUAUUAUGUACAAAGUUAGGAAUGUUGUACUUUUUGUGAUAUUUUGUUCAAUUUGAACCCCUGUCAAAAAAAAAACUCUGAAACUUCCUUAUGUUAGAACUUGAUAUACAUGUACUGUGUAACAAUAUCUCUGUAUCCAUGAAUUGUUCCUAUACUUCUGAUUGACCAUCAUUAAAAGCUUUCUGCUCAAUAAAUGUCUCUUGUGUA